UUUGUGCGCUCUAAGUUGGUGCUUGGUGUGGUGGUAUUUAAAAGUGAGAACAGGGUGGUAUUAAUGUUAUAGCACAAUGUGCGUGAUACAAAGUACACUUAUACAUAUAGAACAGCUCACACUCGUAUCAUUCGCUAUUAGCUUCUAGUUAUUCAAAACGAUUUGCUUUUUUAGAUUAUUGCAGAUUUUUUUUUAAGUUUAUGAUAGAUAUUUGUGUUUUAUUUAUUGUCACAUGUUGUUGUUUUAGUUGUUGUUCUUGUUGUUGUUGUUGUUGUUGUUGUUGUGAAUUUGUUUAGCAUUUUAUGCUGUUAAAGCUUAAGUGAUUUUGUGAACAAGAAAUAAAUAAAAAUAUAAUACACAACUAGAGAUAAGGAGAAAAAAAAGAAGACAAGUAGCAAGGUGAGAGUUUUUUUUUUCUUUUUUCUUUUAAUAUCUAGGUGUCCACAAUACAGCUAUAUAAACAUUAAAAGCAUUACAAAAACAUUGAACGCAAAUUACUUUAAUUUGUUAUUAUGUCUCAGUCUAUUAGAGAUAAGAGCCAAGACAUCCUUGUCUACUUGUAUGUGAUAUAAAUUUUGCUUAAAAUUUCUCAUAUAUUAAGAGACAAUGGUUGAGUGAAAAGAUAAAAAGCCAUUUAACUCUGAGAAACUACAAAGUAUUUGGUCGUGUGGAAACAAUGAAACAUUGUCGUUGGCUGCAAUUAAGAAUAGAUUUAUAGAUUGAUGGAUAUUCUCACACGCUAUCACUGUAUGAAGAUUAGCCUUAACAAGCCAUUCUACCAUACUCCUUUUCGCAUGGACUAGUGUUUGUAUUUGAUUUAGCAAAGUUAUAACUAAACGAUAAAUUGCUCUGUAUCUCAGAAAACAAUUUCUUCGAGCCAAAACUUCACUUUAAAAUUUUGAGUUUAUGUGGUGUAGGAAGAGAUUUAUUAAAUCUAUAUAUUAUGUAUAAGAAAGCAGGCUUUUUCAUGUCUUUCUCAUCCUAUAUCUGGUAUUAGAUUAAUGCACUUUACAAGACACUCUCUAAUGCAACUAUGUGCUUAAUUUAAAAAGAUUAAAAUUUUUGACAUUAUGAAAAUACUAUAUGAAAAAUAAUCUAUUAAUAAAGUUGAGAGUUUUUGGUUUCUAAAUUUUUUUUUUUUUCUCAAAAUUUAAAAAUUCAAAAAAAUAAUGAGAUUCUGGCCUAUACCUGAUGUUGAUUUCUACGUUGAGACAACACCGCUUUGGUCACGCUAUUGUCGCGAACCCAACAUCAAAUGGAAAGCACCGAAAUCGCAACCACCCCAUGAAAUAUGUUAUUGGAGAGACUUGCAAGGAGCUAAGAAGAAAUAUAUCGAAGACAAAGAUUUGCUAUUUAAAGAUUGGCCCAAAAAUCGUUUACGUGGACCUGCUUGCUUGCCGCUAUACUAUGGUGUGGGUAAUCGAUUUAUACGUUUAGAAAAAGCACCUCCUGCCGGUUUCAAAUGUGCGCCAGUACCACUUUCUUUGGUCGAAGCACGCAAAGUGAAAGAAAUUUUAGACAAAGCCGCCUUAAAGAACGCACCCAAACCCGAAGAGAAAGAAAAGAAAAAGAAGAAGAAGAAGUAAAAAAUGAAAAAUGGUAUACUUUAGCGGCCUAUAGACAACAACCUCAGAAAUCAACAUCAAACAAAAUUUUCUAAUUAUU